CAGCAUUGUUAGGUAAUGAGCGUUAGUAGGAUUGUACUUCGUACUUUGCACACCACAAACAGAGUAAACUCCACUAAAGUAAAGAAACCUCUUCCAGUGUUAACCUUAUACACGAAGGACCCUUGCCCUCUAUGUGAGGAGGCCAAGGACAAACUGAGCCCACUUUCGAACAAAUUUCAUCUUGAAUCUGUUGACAUUACUGAGCCUGAAAACAAGAAGUGGUGGGAUUUAUAUAAAUACGAGAUCCCUGUAUUUCAUUUUGAAGGUGAAUUUCUCAUGAAACACAAGGCCAAUGUGGAACUGUUAAAACAAAAAAUUGAUGACUUUGAUAAUGCGAACAACUAGAUACCAACUUUUUUAAGUUUCCAAUUACACCAAUGACACAAAGUCGUCUUUGGAAGAUCAUACAACAUUCUAAUACAGAGGAAUUUAAUAAGUUUCUCCUUUCUGGAACUGACUGUGAUGUCACAGAGCUGCUUCAAACACCUCAUCAGAAAUCUGGGGACUUUCCUGUCCAUAUGAUGUGCAGACAUGGAAAAUUGGGGAUGUUAAAAACUUCCCAUACCUGCUGGAAUGUGACUUUAAGCCCAGUUAAUUUAGAUGGGAAAACCCCACUACAUGAAGCUGCUUGUAAUGGCCGUGCCAAUGUCGUUAAAUAUUUGCUCAAAAAUGAAGUAAAUGUGAAUCCUUUGAAGAAAGCAGGUUGGACCCCUCUAAUGAUGGCGUGCACCAAAAUCAACAACUUGCCCUGUGUAACAGCAUUGGUAAAUGCCGGUGCCAAAUUGCACUUAGUCAAUAAGGAUGGUUGGAACUGCUUCCAUAUUGCUUGUCGUGAAGGUGAUAUGGAGAUUAUUGAGUAUUUGUUUGCCACAGAACCCUGUAUUGCCAGCACAGUAAGUACAAAUGGAAGGACCCCACUACACACUUCUGCCUUGCAUGGGAAAACUGAAGUCUUAAAAUUUUUGGUCAACACUGCAAAAUCGAGUCUGGAAACAAGAGAUGUGUGCGGAAGCACUGUUCUAAUGGAUGGUGUGCGUAGUGGAAAUGUUGCUAUUGUUGACUACAUAGCUUCAUGUGGAUUGUCGUUGUUUGAUGUUGACUCAAUGGGAAGAAAUUGUCUACAUAUUGCUGCCGAAGCUAACCAGAGCGUUUCAAUUCAACAUUUGGUCGAGUCUUAUAAUUGCGAUAUAAAUGAAAGAAUUAAAGUUGAAAAUGGUUUUAAAGGUCAAACUGCUCUGCAUCUUGCUUAUAAAGCAGAUUCAGUUGAAGCUGUUGAGUGUUUAAUAAAACUUGGUGCAGAUGUGAGUGCGUUGGACAAUACUGGCCGGAAACCACAUGAAAUAAAAAGUAAAAAGACGUUUAAAUUCUCAUAAAUAAAAAUUGGUGCCAAGUAUUUA